AUGGAGCCCGUUCCUGCGAUUGUCGAACCGUCCAUCUUGUCGAAAGAUGACUCUGAGCCUCAAGUUCAUGUCAACGAACUGCCCUUGGUGAAAACUCGCAGUGGCCAUACGCCAAACAAUCUGCGACGCGCCAACACGGUAGCACAAGGAGGCAACAUCAUCAAGCGCAAUUUGGAAUUGAAGGCUACUCGAGACAGGACGGCCACGGCAACUACGGGUCUGCGUGCCAAGGACAGCCAUGAACUGUUACGGCAAGCACCACUGCAACGAUCUCAGACGCAUCGCGGCCCACUCGAGGCGCGUCCGGCCCCGCGCAGAGCAGGUCAUUUUACGGUUGGAAGUGUGGGCCAGAAUGGAAAGAUCUUUCUCAGGCCGAUUGCAAAUCCGCCGCAGAAAGGCACUCCAAUAGUCCCCUUCUCCUCGGUUGAUCAAGUGAUGAGUGACCGUCUUCAGCCGCCAAAACGACCCCAUUCCCCAGAUGAUCCUUCGCGUUGGUCAAGCUCCCAGCUCUCGGAACUGCGCCCUCGCGAUACUCCCGGAGAUCAGGAAUCCGUUAUUUCCGAAUUGACACGCGUCGAUUCUCCCCGCAACGUCCACCACAGAGCCAAUUCAUUCUCGACGAUAUCCGAACAGUCGGUGUCCGGUGUGGGGAAACGUGGCGAGCUGCGCAUUGUGAUUGAUAGAUCUGAGGACCGGCCCAAAUCUGCAGAUGGGAAAUCGGGUAACACAGCUCUCGAAGUCCCUAUACCCCAUUACCGGCUCGGUUCACCACGGUUCAACAACGAGGGUAAUGCAGUCCUGCGCAGUUCCGUCUACACGCGGAAUUCAAUGUCCGAUAAUUUUCGAAAUUCGAGCUUCUUGGGCAGCAUGGCGGACCCUUUCCCGACGCAUCUUGCAAGCCCAUACUGCAGAGACUCUUUCUCUCGUCACCGGCCAUCCUUUGCGGUAUCCGUGUUUUCGGGGACAGCAGCCAUUGACCUCAGCCGAGCUUCGCUGCUUCCCAGGAACUCUAUGGUUUAUGAGCUAAACGGACCAGUGGAACCGUCUAUCUACGAGAACCUGAUAUCUGAUAUGGAUUGUGAAGCUGUGGUGCGCUAUAUUCCCGGCACAAAAGACAUCAGUGCUGCGACUCCCGCGCGCAUUGUUGCGCAGAUAUCUUCCGAGUCUUUCAUGGACUACGAGCUGGUGUCGGACUUCUUCCUCACCUUUCGGUCUUAUCUCUCUCCGAGCCACCUGCUUGCUCUACUUCUUGCACGACUUCAAUGGGCGAUCAAUAGACUGCAGGAUGAUGGUCGUAUCAUUCGCAUUCGAACCUUUGCGGCUCUCCGUCACUGGAUUCUCAACUACUUUGUUGAUGACUUUAUCACGAACUAUGAUCUCCGGACCCACUUUUGCGAAACGAUCAACGUUUUAUAUCAGAACGUCAAGUCUCGGAAGAACGGUGGCCUGAGUGAUCUGAAAAUUCUUCUGGAUUUAAAGCGGUGUUGGAACGGCAAGUGUUCCGUCUACUGGACCUCACCCGAUCUGUCUCGCGCAUGCAGCGAUCCGGACCGUCCCAUUGAGCCUGGAAACGCUCAAAUCGAGCUUCCCAAAGAGGAUACCCACCAGCAAAGCUUAGUUGGCAUGGUUUCUGAUGCAGACGCGAACAUUCGUGACAGUCUACCCAACGCCGUGCAGCACGACCGGAACGACUCAGCAACGACUGUCCAGAGCAUACCUUUUUCCACCAAGAGCGAUCAAAGCAUGCUAGCUUUGUCUUGUUCUCUGCCCCCUAAGUCCCCGAGACGUUAUUCCAAUCCUUAUCUCAAGAGCAAGGGUCCACGACCUGUGCAAUUAGGAAUUACCAAACCCAGGUCUUCGCAUGAACCUCCCCCCACGUCGCCAAUGCAUUCGCGACACCAAUACCACGGCCACGGACAUAAACGGAGCGGCAGUUUCUCGGAUUCGGCACGGGAUGACCGAGUCCCCAUGUUUGGCAUGGAACUCGGUUCUGGAGGUGCUCGCAUGCCGGAAAUAUUGGACCCUGUCAGCUUCAUUCGCGGUGCGCUCUAUCCUCCCGCGGAGUCUUAUAUGACGAUGAUGGCACCUGACUCGCCUCCAUUGGCACCGCCCUCAAAGUCCUCGAAUCCUGAUCGUCGAAGUACACCGGACGGAGGACCCAAACUUCCCGCAUCCAAUUCGGGCGUGAGGACGAUCAUUGGGUCGAUAAAACGCGCCCUGCACACCAGGAAUGGUGGUCAUAGUGUCUCUGCUCGGAUUGCCAAUGUCUCGGAUGCCAUAUCGUUACCGUCCCGGGGCAAGACUUCGGCCAUGCCCAAUAAUGUUGCCCUUGGCUCUGAAUAUUACCGCGAAAGAAAACUAGCUGCUGUGCCUAAGCGGCCUGCACGGAUUGAUAUUCUCUGCGAAGAAGCUUUAAAGCAUUAUCGCCAGGCUAUGAACAACGAAGCGGGGCAGGACACUCAACCGCCUAUCGAAGAUUGCGAGCCCCAAGGAAAUUUGGACGAGUCUUCUCUGACUAUGGCAGAUGAUUCUUCUCCCAAACCGUCCAGGACCAUCGAGUCUAAAAUCAAGAGUGGCUUGACCGCUGGCAGCGGUUCUAUCGUGAUCGUUGAUGAUACUGGGUUUGACUUUAAUAAUCCUACCAUGUCUGGUGGACUGCCAGAACCUACGACCGAGAUCAUGGACCAACAAAUUGAGUCAAAUUUCAACAGGAACCUACAAGCAGGCCCUCUCUCCCUUGCUUCAACUCAGGGGAAAGACGAAUAUUUGCUACCGAUCUAUUACAAUGAGCAACGAUUGGAAGCAGCUGCCCAGCAACCACAUCUAUUGCAAACUCCUCACUCCACUUUAGCAAGGAGAUCAUACUCCAAUGAGGGCCAGUCUGCCCCAGAGAAAAGAGUCUCGCUCUCUCUCCGCCUGCGCAAGUAUGCUUCUUUCCAGAGUGGAAUAUCAAGGCACCGCCUGUCGAUGGAAAGCUCGGGCGGGCAAUCCGUUGGGUCAAGCAUCAUGCAAGAACCCUCGACUUAUUCAUCUGGCCCCGCGCUUCGCAGACGUCCUGGCGGGAACCUGCGGCAAAUUCAAUAUGCAGAUGAGCUCGAGCCGGGCUUUGAUCGUCAUUCGUUUGCUUCAUACGACGAAUCUCUCACAGAGAAUCUGAGUACGACUGAGGAAGCGGCUUCGAGACCUCAGACAACUCUGAUCCCUCCGAACCCUCGCUAUUCUCUUCUUCAGUCGAACCAGAACAGAGUUAGACGCUCAUUUGAAUCUGCUCUUGCUCGCUUCGCCCAGAUCCCCGACGACGAUGACGGAGGCAUUGAAUCCACCUUGUUGAAGCUCGAGGGUAAGUGGCCAGUUGAUGGGAGUAGCGGGACCAGAGAUGAUCAGAAUUUCGCUUCGCGUGGGCAACACGCUGCGAACCGUGAAACUCCUGUCGCUGGAGUUGAUUACGAGAGAGCCAAAGAAUGUAUGACUCCGGAUUCUCUGGCUCGGAGACGCCAGACGGAUAAAUCGGCUUACUCCAUCGUGGGGGGCCGUCUUGCACCCCGAGGCCCUAUUCUGACUCUGUGGGGGAAUCUGAAGAGUCUUACAAUUCCACGCCUCUUCUAG